AUGUCAUCGACCUCUCCCCUUCCUCCCGACUACACUUUCUCGACCGACAAUCUUCCCCCGCCACCAUAUACGGCAGCACCACCCAUUCCACCCCGCCCGGCGCGGCAUGUAUCGGACUUGGGACCUGCGCACCCCCCCAUCCGGCGGGGGAGCAGCGAGGACAGAGGCGGCUCGUCCUCCUGGCGGCGCCUGGUGCCCACGCUGCGCAGCGCGAUGAAUCGCCUCGACAUCGUGUCCGGGUCACUUGCUCCGCCGCUUCCGCCUCGGGCAAGGACCACUUCUGCUCCACUGUCGAAGGCUGCACGAACGCUGUCACAUGACACUGUGCCAUCGUCUACAUCUCCUCCCUCCCUCGUCUCUUCUUCGGCGACGACUUCUGCACCGGCCAGGAAGAAGCUCACCAAGUUCAUCGCAACAUCACCGAGCGGCGUGUCGUUCAUGUCUCCAUUAUAUGCGGCGGCGUCGACCCCGAAGAAGCCGGCGCAACAAGGCGCGUCCCCAAUAUCCUUCCGCACGGUGCCACCCAGGCGAGGGCGGGAUGUCAUCGAUCUCAGGUUCGACAGCGACGACAAAACACCCGAAUCGUCAGGGGAGGAAGCACCACGCAGGACCUCGUGGACGGUGGCCGGAGCCAGUGCAGUAGCCGCCUCGACGAGCAAGGCGACCCCUCCCAAGGUGAUGGCCAAAAAGACGAAGCCUAAGAUCGCGCCGAAGCGCCCAGCGCCGGCGCCGCCAUCCGCGCCAUCCACUCCCACGACCGGCUCCAGCAAGCAGACCCGCAGUGCGCCUGCCACCACGCCGCUCGGAGACGACGGUGACGCGCCCCGCGUUGGUGCUGUGGGCCGGUACUGCCGCGACCAUGCAGGCAUGGUAUGUGCGGCAGACGGGUUCUACUGGCGCGAUGCGAAGGGCAAGUCGGGCGUGUAUGUCGCCUUUAACGAUUACAUCCCGACAGACUUGGGCCAGCAGACACAGGCCCUACUGCGGGUCACCAUGGACUCGCCGCUUACGGCGAAGGAAGCGCCUGGCUUUAUUUACGCGUACGAGCUGCGCACGCUUAGCGGAGGACAGACGGCAUACUUCAAGGUCGGGCGAAGCGACAACGUGCCACGGCGUAUGGGCCAAUGGUCCGCACAGUGCGGGUACGUUCCGACGCUCCGCGAUGUGUUCCCCCUUAAGGCGCGCGCCGUCUCUGGCGCUGGCGUCACGCGCGCGCCAUCCAUCCUCGGCACCUUCCUUCCCGGCGCAACCAAGGCUGGCACGGACGCGUCGCGCAUGAUCCCGGCCGUUAAACGCUGGGAGCGCCUUGUGCACCUCGAACUCGCGGAUCGCGCAGCUGCCGCCCGGCCGAAGGAAUACGACGCGCUUUGUAAGCCGUGCUCCGAUUGUGGCACAGUACACCAAGAGAUUUUCCCUCUGGAAGGCGACCCGCAGGUGUACGAGCAUGUUGUGGUCGACGCGAUCGAGCGCUGGGAGCGAUUCGUGCGCGUGAUCACGGAGACGUAG